AUGCAAGUGACUGAUGGGCAAGCAGACUAUGCCGAGGAGAGGCAACAGGAGCUCGAAGCGCUUCAGUCCAUCUUCCCCGACGAACUACAAUGCACGAGCGAGAAGGAGCUGAGCAUCACCGUCGAAGCUGAUGAUCUCCCCUCUGGCGAGCCCGAGCUGGCUGUCUCGCUCAUCGUCAAGCUAGGCGAAAGAUACCCAGAUGAGCCGCCAGAGAUUGAGCUAGCGGUCCUUCGAGGAGAUCUACUCGAUAGCGACAGAGCGACACUCAUGCACAAGCUAGAUGAGGAGGUCCAGCUCAGUCUGGGCAUGGCAAUGAUCUAUACACUCCAGACGGCGCUCAAAGAGGCCUUGAACACGCUCGUCAUCGAUAUUGUCAAGCGAAGAGAGCAGGCCGAAGCACAAGAGGCAGCCAGAUUGGAGGCUAUCGAACUCGCCAGACCCAAGGGGACGCCCGUCACGAAGCAAUCUUUCCUCACGUGGCGUUCAAGCUUCGAAACGGAGAUGAAGAUCAAAGCGCGCAAGGCAGACGAAGAGGCACUCGCCUCACUUCCACUCAAAGAACGAGAAGAAGCCAAGAAGUACCACGCCAAGCUGACGGGCAGACAGCUCUUCGAGCGCCAUUCGGAUCUCAUAACGAGCGACGCCACGCUCAUCGAUGAAGAUGCUGUCGAAGUAGAUGCAAGACAGUACGACAGAACAAGAGAAUCGCGAGAUCUCCAAGAAGCUGACGAGCAAGGCCACCAGCUUGACUUUAGCGACAGCGACUAG